CUUAACUUUCUCUCGUUUUCUCCGUUGAUGGGUGUGAAAACCUGUAAAGCUGAGCCUGUAAAAAGGCAACUAGCAUCACUUAGAAGUAGUGAAAUCAAACAAGAUGUUAAACCUUCCUUGGUUUCUCCAUCGUCAUCGAUCAAGGCCUCUAGAUCUCCAUUCGUGACCCCAAAAACUUCACGACGUGUUGCUUCGUCGGCUAAAGAUAUAAAAAAUGCACCCAGAGAAAUAACAAAGAUCUCUAGUUCGAGCUGUGACUCGAGCAAAUGGACAGGAAAUUUCAUUCUAAUGGUCGAGCUUCGAAGGAAGAUUAUCACUUUUAGGGGCAUCAUUGACCUUCCUCCUCUUACCGGUUAUCUUUCCAUAACCAAUAUGGUGAUGCGUACGAUGAAAGAUCUCCAUAAGCUUUGUCCUGAGAUCGUUGAGAGCUCUCAUCUCUUGGAUAUAAGACGUACAGAUAUCGACAAGUUGCUUGACCAUUUUUACAACGCUUUGAAAUCAAUUGGAGAUUCUUGGAUCGAUGACAACGAAUGGAUCAUAAAAUCCAAGUAUAGGAGCACUAGCCUUAGGAAGAAUCUCUCCGAUCGUCUUGUGGAGAAGGUGUUAGCUGCAUUAGAUGGACUUAUUAAGGGGAUGAACGAGAGGCUCAACAUGACAGAGAUUGUCAAUGGGGAAAAGAAGAAAAGGGUUAGUCCUCAGAGUAAAACAUCGAACAAGCAAGCCUUAUCGCCAUCAAAACCAGUCACGAAGCAACCAGUCACGCCAAGAACGGUGAUGAAUCCACCGAAGAAAGUUGGAGGCUUGGCGAUUUCUGUUUCAAAUCUUCCAAGAAACGUGAGAAUGCAAACGCUUGUAAAGCUGAGUCCUAUCGAUGUAAAGCGACUUGCUAUCCAAAACAUGUGCCACAAAGAAGCUCAGAGCAAUAAUGGUGAUGGUGAUAAUGAGAGUGCUAAAGAGAAGAAGAUUGAAACAGAGGAAAUGGAGAAAGCAAAAGAAGCUAUCCUUGAGGAGAAAGAUACUGUGAAGAAGGAGACUGAUGAUAAUAGUUGCUCAAAAGUUUCAGAGAAACCUGAAAUUGUUCCGGAAUCUUUGGCUCCGCUUCCUCCACCUUCAGGGGCUGCAGUAUCGCCGCCACCACGACCACUUCCACUAACUGCUCUGCCUCCUCCACCUCCAGGGCUUGCAGCACUACCGCCACCACCGCCACUUCCAGUGGCUGCCGGAAAAGGACCGGGUGCACCACCACCACCGCCACUUCGCUUGGGAGCCAAGAAAGCAACAGGUAAACUAAAGAGAUCAAGCCAACUAGGGGAAAUCUACAGAUUCCUCAAGGCGAAAAUAGAAGGGAAAGAUCCAGAAGCAAGAUCUCGUGGCGCGUGCGGAGGAAGCAAAGCCGUGAUUGGAACCGCUUCAGCCGGCGGAAAGCAAGGAAUGGCUGAUGCUCUUGCUGAGAUAACAAAGAAGUCACCUUAUUUUCAGCAAAUAGAAGCGGAUGUUCAAAUGUAUAUGAAAGCAAUCAAUGAGCUUAAAACAGAGAUUUCCAAGUUCCAGAGUAAGAAUAUGACUGAGCUUCAGAGUUUCCACCGGCAUGUCGAAUCAGUGCUUGAGAAACUAACAGACGAAACACAGGUUCUAGCGAAAUGUGAAGGAUUCCCGCAGAGUAAACUCGAAGCGAUAAGAAUGGCUGCUGCGUUGUACUCGAAGCUGCAGGGUAUGGUUAAAGAUCUGAAGAGCUGGAAGAUAGAGUCUCCGGCAAACCAGCUUUUCGACAAGACUGAACGUUACUUUGCAAAGAUCAGAAAAGAGAUUGAAACUCUAGACCAGAUCAAAGUAGAAGAGGAACAGAAGUUCAAGAGCCAUAACAUCCAUUUCGACUUCAGUAUCCUUGUUCAGAUCAAGGAAUCAAUGGUUGACAUCUCAUCUGGCUGCAUGGAACUGGCUUUAAAGGAAAAAAGAGAAGCAAAGAUUGCAUCGAAUACUGUAGAAUCACGCGGGGAAAAGUCGAGCAUGGUCAAGAAUAAGACUGUAGGAUGCGCUAAAAUGCUGUGGAGAGCAUUUCAGUUUGCAUUCAGAGUUUACACAUUUGCCGGCGGACACGACGACCGAGCUGAUAAGCUUACCAGAGAGUUGAGUGAUGAGAUCAAACUGAUUCUCUGAAACCAAAUGACUCUUGACUUCACCUCUCCCCUUGUAUGUCUCAACUGAAAACGGCGGAAAAACGUUCUGUCUUUUCAGAAGACACUUGAAGAAGAGAUAUUUGAUACCUAACAAAAAUGUUGUAAUCUAAUC